AUGCCUUGCCAGGCCGCCCCGCGGUUGGAGGUGGGAGAAGGCGGCGGGUCCCAGGGGGCUUUGGGGGCUGCAGCGACCAUGCUCCGCUCCCUACUGCUUCACGCCCUGAGGCUCUGCGCCCAGACCGCCUCGUGCCUCGUGCUCUUCCCGCGCUUCCUCGGCACGGCCUUCAUGCUCUGGCUCCUCGACUUUCUGUGCAUCCGCAAGCAUUUCCUGAGCCGCCAGCGCCGGGGGCAGCCAGAACCUGAAGGGGAGUUCAACUGUGAUGGCGAGGAGGUGCCCCCCGACGACCCGCCCAUCUGCGUGUCCGACGACAACCGCCUGUGCACCCUGGCGUCGCUGAAGGCGGUGUGGUACGGCCAGAAGUUGGAUUUCUUCAAGCAGGCGCACGAGGGUGGUCCGGCGCCCAACUCCGAGGUGGUCCUACCCGACGGCUUCCAGAACCAGCAUAUCCUCGACUACGCGCGAGGAAACCGCCCGCUGGUGCUCAAUUUCGGCAGCUGCACCUGACCACCGUUCAUGGCGCGCAUGAGCGCCUUCCGGCGCCUGGUCAGUAAGUACCAGCGCGACGUCGACUUCCUCAUCAUCUACAUCGAGGAAGCGCAUCCCUCCGACGGCUGGGUCACCACAGACUCCCCCUACAUCAUCCCUCAGCACCGAAGCCUGGAGGACCGGGUCAGCGCGGCUCGCGUGCUGCAGCAAGGAGUGCCUGGCUGCUCUCUUGUCCUCGACACCAUGGCCAACUCCAGCAGCUCGGCCUAUGGCGCCUACUUCGAGCGCCUCUACGUCAUCCAAAGAGGCACCAUUAUGUACCAGGGUGGCCGUGGCCCAGACGGCUACCAGGUCUCCGAGCUGCGAACCUGGCUGGAGCACUACGACGAGCAGCUGCACGGAGUUCAGCCCCGUCGAGUGUAAACAACCAAUGAACAAUUGACUUAACUCGGUGGCCAUGCCUUCGAGCCUUCGAAGCCCACGUGCAUACACCCCAAACGAAGUCAGGCUUGGCCAGGGCCCAGUGACACAGCUGUGCUGAGUCAGGGAUAGCAGGCUGAGUCUGCACCCUCAGCCAAGCCACCUGAAGACUCUCCCCAAACUCUGCUUGUGUGACUGUCCUUCACCUGUACCUGCCUGGCUCACUCUAAACCCCCUUCUGAGUGCAGAUGCCGCGACAUCCUUGCCUGUGUGCCCCUGGACUUGUCCCCACAGAGGCCCCUGCUGUGCUCUCUCACACCCCUCCCCAGAGAAGAGCCGGCAUGCCUUUAGCCAGGCGCAGCGGCCCCGCGCAAAGAGACUUUAGCGGCGCCCGCUUGCCCUGUGCGCAGCUGGGUUCCAGCAGCGUGUGUGCCGCUUGCCCAGUUGCCUGGCACCCACACCUGUUGCGCGCCGGGAGAGGAUGCCCUGCUGCUUUUGUGUCUAUUUCUUGUCCCUGAGUUGGGGGA